AUGCUUUCCUUUCAUUUCUGGAAGUCCCUGGGUCGACCUACAGAUGCUGCUCCUUCCGUGGCCGAUGGCAUUCAGACUCGUGGCUGCAGGCGGUGCCAGGCAAACAACUGGACAGAACAGCUCAGCCACAGGAAGGUGGCCACAGUCUCGGCCAGAGCAGCAGCCCCCGGGCCUCAGACCACCCCUGCCACCCCUGCCGGGAGCCUUCCCUCCUCCCUUGGGCUUGUCCCGGCCCCGCCACAGGGGCUGAAGAACCGGGAAGGGGUGGCAGCAACCGCAGUGGUGCCUCCAGCCUUGGGCCCGGGCCAGGCACGUGGGGCUCUGCUUAGGGCCACUCUGCAGCCCCUCCAGGGCCAGGGAGGGAGCCGGGCCAGCCCCGGCGCCGCUCACCACUGUCUCCUGCUGUCGCUGCAACUUGGGCUCGGGCUCGGGAUGGAAGCCACCCCCGGGGAGCUGAGUCCGCAGGCCAGACUGCAGGAGGUGGGCGACCCGGGGAGCGGAGCUCAAGAUAGCCAGGAGCUGAAGCAGCAGCUGCAGCCGCUGCUGCCGGGGCCACCGGCCUCCUCCCAGCGAGAGGCGAAAUAUGUGGAGAUGUGUGCUUCGGCCGCAGCCCCGGGGGAGAGUCCCCGCACCAGGAGACUCGCCCUGCGGCCCCGCCCAGGGGAGCAGAGGGCCCCCAGGAGUCCCAAGGAGGAAGCCCAAGGGGAGCCCAGCGGUCAGGAGAGCGAGGCUCCGACCCCCCAGAAGAAUCCUGCUGCCUCGGAACUCUGCAGAUCCCAGCUCUCCCGCACUGAUGAGGGCAGCAACUUCUCAUCUUCCUCCUCCUCGACCUCCUCCCCAGUGGACAAAGCAGAAGAAGGUGGCCUUUCCAAGAUGGAUGAUACCACCACAUCAGCAGGGGCUCUGGCCACCUCGUCUUCAUCUUUAGGCUUUGAGAGUGACAGUGGUCAGAGCGCAGUGAGCCGCCAGCCCAAGGGGGGAGGAGGAGAAGGGGGGGGAGAGGGAAGAGCAGGAGGAGGAGGGGCAGGAGGAGGGGGAGGAGGAGGGGGAGAUGGAACUGAGUGCAGGGACAUUAUUGCCAAGUCUCAGGGCAGCCGGGACCCCCCAAAAAAUGAGGAGGCUCACUACAUCACCACCCACGAGAUCCAGCUGAGUGAGGUGGAGCAGGACAUGGAUUUUGAUGUGGGACUGGCCUCCCGCUGGGAUUUCGAGGACAACAACGUGAUCUACUCAUUCGUGGACUACGCUUCCUUUGGUGGCAGCGACGAGACCCCGGGGGACAUCACCACCCCGACCGAAGAGGAUGACGACAACAGCUGCUACCUCAGCACCACUCCCAGCACCCAUGCCACCCAGACUCCGAGCCCCACCAGCAGUGACCCGGCGCGCCCCAGCGCAGACAGCGGUGGUCGCCACACCAGCAGCACGGAAGUGGGCAGCGGCCCCUCUGACAGUGACCCCACUCCCCCACCCACUGGGCCUGGCACUGCCACCCUGAGUGAGCCCUUGCCCGAGCCCCCGGAGGCAGCUUCAGGGGCAGCAGCCGAUGCAGCCAGCAGCUGUGGGAGUGCAGCAAGCCAGAUCCUCCUAUCAAUCAAACCGACUUCCCGGGCUAUAAAUGAGCCUAGCAACGUGCGUGCAAAGCAAAACAUUAUUUAUGCUGCCAAGCAUGAAGGCGACAUGAGCCUCCGCGUCUCUACAGCUGCUGAACACAAUUCAAGUUCACUGAAGCAAGACCCGGCUGCAGCCGUGGCUCAGGACCAUGCAAAGAAAUUCAUUGCUGUCCCUGCUCGCCUGCAAACCCGGUGCGGGGCCAUUCGGGCGAAGGAGCUGGUGGACUACUCCAGCGGAGCCUCCAGUGCCGUGAGUGAACUGGACGAUGCGGACAAGGAGGUACGGAACCUGACCUCCCGGGCCUUCCGGAGCCUGGCCUACCCCUACUUUGAGGCCCUGAACAUCAGCUCCCGGGAGUCCUCCACACUCUCCGAAGUCGGCUUUGGGCGGUGGUCGACUUUCCUGGAUUUAAAAUGUGGAGGUGUUGGAGCCAGGGUGGAGCAGAGCCUCCUCAGGAGCAGUGCGGCCUCUGUGGCCGCAGGUCUGAGGAAGGGCGGUGGGGCCAGGACGGCCGCAAACCAGCUCUACAUCCAGGCCAAGAAGUCCCAGACCAAAGCCUUGGAGUUCGUGGUCAGCAAAGUCGAGGGGGAAAUCAAACACGUGGAGACACCUCUGUGUUUCCAGAAGCAGGUCCAGACGGGCUCCCGCGUGGUCACCCUUCUCGAGCCCCUGAAUUUUCGCAGUGAGAGCAAAGCCAGCUCAGCCACUGGGCCCUGCAGAACCACCAAAGGCUCCAGCAAGGGCCCCGGGUCGGUGUACACGGACGACGGCUCCGAGGCCUCUGAGAGCAGCAAGCCUGCCUCCCGCGCCGACGGCCCCCAGAAGAAGUCCAAGUUUGCUUCCAGUCUGCUCAAAAAUGUCAUCUCCAAGAAGAUGCAGCGGGAACAUGAGUUCAAAAUGGAGAGGGGAGAAGUCACUGACACAUCCCACCAUAACCUCUCCAGCACCGCCAAGGAGAUAGAGGGUCCCGCCAGGGGGGAGAAGCAGCGGGAGAGGGGCCUGCAGAGGCAGAGUUCUCGCCACUCCGAGGCUGGCUCUGAGUACACGGUGGUCAGCGUGUCCGAUGCAGGUGCGGAGGGCUCCGCGGCCGAGUCCAAAUCGCCAAUUUUCAAAGCCAGUGCUCCUCGCGAGUGCAAUGCAGUCUCUGGCCGAAAUUUCGCGGACGGACACACUGAAGAAGUCUGUGAAAUUAAAAAGAGCGCAUCGGAGACUGUCAAAGGCAUCUUCCUGCGGAGUCAGAACAGUGCAUUCCGCUCCUGGAAGGAGAAGGAGGCCGAGAAGCGGGAAGAAAAGGCCCCCAUUGGGAAGCUGAAGCUUCCCAAAGGGGGCGACUGGAGAGCUGAUCUUGGAGAGAUCUCUGCCAGCAAGUCCACCAUCAUGUCGCGCCUCUUUGUCCCCAACAUCCAGCAGACGCCCAAGGACAAGCAGCCGGGGAAGCAGGCCACCAAGUACCCUGCCGCCCAAGCCACCUCCACGGCAGUGAUCCGGCCCAAGGCUCCCGAAAUCAAGAUCCGGCUGGGGAGCGUGCAACAGCCAAGCUCGGACUUCAACAUUGCCAAAUUGCUCACGCCCCAAUUGGCCAGCGGCAGCGCCCCUAACCUCUUCAAGACCGCUGAGGACAACGGCAGGGCGCAGCAGAAGCUCUUCCGGGGAGACAACCUGGAAAAAGUGCCCCAGUUCCAGGUGAGAGACGUCAGAGACAAGUCCAAGGCCCAAGGCCCCCUCCACCAGGUGAGAGAUGUCAGGAAACUAAUCAAAGGGUCAGGGGACAGCAGUGACAAGGGCAGUGUUACCCCAGAGCAGGGGCUGACCGGGCCCAAGCCCAGACAGCUGGCUGCUGCAGGGGGCGGAUCCAGAUCCCUUUCCCCCAUAGUGAUUACGUGCCAGGCGGUGGUGAACCCGAGGGAAGGUAGCAUGGACCGGGAGCCGAGGGAGAACGUAGGCAAAGGUGGCGGCGGCCGGUUCUUGAAUUCGUCCUCUCCAGAAGGGACCGUCUUGGUUCACAGGGCAUCUGGCAGGCUGCCCGUGGCCACCAUUGCCCCCAAUAAGCCCGAGCAGGGCUCUUACCUGCCUGUGCUCAAGAUCGUCUCUAAGGCUUCUGCUCAGAAGACCCCAGAGAAGGCCAAGGAAGAGGAGGUCAAGGAGGAAGGGAAAGCCCCAAAGCCCUCUCGGAAUGCCCUGGAGAAGCUGACGGCCGCCGUGAGGUCCAUGGAGGAGCUGUACAGCUUCAACAGGAACGAGUGGAAGCGCAAAAGUGACCCUUUGCCCAUGAUGAUGGACAGCCACGUCCUGUCGCUCAUUGCCAGCGAGGAGAGGGAAGGGGCUGCGGGUGCGGAGGGGGACCCAGACAAGCUGGCCAAACGACUGGGUGAGCCGGCGGAGAGGGGCACCGGAAACAAAGGCGGCGUGGUGCUGCGUGGGGGCCCUGCGGAGCGUCUGCAGCGGAGAAACUCCAACCCUGGCACUGAGAGUGUGUCUGCCCGGGCAGCCGCCUUCGAGAACCUGGCCAGGGAAAGGCCGCGAUCCCUCUACAUCCCCCCGGCCCACAAGGAUGUGGAGAGAACCCAGCCCCUGCAGCCCCUCCCACCACUCCCCAGCAACCGAAACGUGUUCACGGUGAGUGCCAGCAGCACCCAGAAAACUGGGGGUGUCGCCGGCAAGUUCCCCCAAGGGCCUUCUCCAGAGACUCCUUCAGCAGCAAAGGGCAUCAAAUCCCAGGGACUCCGGUCCCUCAAGAUCUCUCCGGCCGCGCGGGCGCCUCCUGAUGAGGUGACCAAUAGGAAAAAUGGCAGCAGUGUGGAAAAGAACCAUAGUGACUGUGAGAAUUACCUGUCCAUCCCCCUCAAAGGAAGCUCUACGGCCGCCGGAGAGCUUCCAGGCAGGCCCGGGGCUGGGAGGGAGGGGCCCCCAGCCUCCUCAGCGGCCACUCUCUGCAGCUUGCCCCCCCUGAGUGCCCGCAGCCAGGUCCCCAGUAGUCCCAAAGGCUCUCAGGUCAGUGGAACCAGCCGGCCAGCUUGGCGUACCAAACCCGAGAACCCCAGGGAGACAGUUGCCGCCCCCACAGGGCCACAGAGCCCUGAGCAUCUCCCCACUGCCAUCUACCACCAGCCCCCGCUGCCCUUCACCCUGCAGGGAGCCCAGCCCCAGGUCCUGUGCUUCUCCCCACCCAGCAUGCCUGCCCCAGCACCUGCAGGCCCAGCUUCAGUCCCCGCAGACCCCUUCCAGCAGCCACAGCCACAGCAGACCCAGCGCAAGAUGCUUCUGGAUGUGACGACUGGCCAGUACUAUCUGGUAGACACACCAGUACAGCCCAUGACCCGAAGACUGUUUGACCCUGAGACGGGGCAGUAUGUGGAUGUGCCCAUGACCUCCCAGCAGCAGGCUGUGGCUCCCAUGUCCCUCCCUGUGCCUCCCUUGGCCCUGAGUCCUGGGGCCUAUGGACCCACCUACAUGAUCUACCCUGGGUUUCUGCCCACGGUGCUGCCCACCAAUGCCCUGCAGCCCACGCCAAUUGCUCACACUCCAGGGGGUAGCGAGCUCUCCUCCAUGGCAGCAGAGCCCCCCAGCAAAGAGGCAGCUGCGACAUUCACUGAGGCCCCGUACUUCAUGGCCUCUGGUCAGUCUCCUGCUUCUUCUUCCUCCUCGGCCCCAGCAGCCACAUCCCAGCUCGUGGGGGCCAAAGGCUUUGCCCAGCUGCAUGGCAAGCCUGUCAUCAGCAUCACUUCGCAACCGCUGGGGCCGAGGAUCAUUGCCCCCCCUUCCUUUGAUGGCACCACCAUGAGCUUUGUGGUAGAACACAGAUGA